AUGGGAGACGGUGAAAAUGUUAUUGUGGCCGUUCGUGUGCGACCAUUCAAUGAUCGCGAAAAAAGUCGUAAAGCUCAACUAAUCAUUGAUAUGCCAGAUGAUAAAAGAACUGUAAUUCGAGACCCAAACAAUCCUGACGAUGAUCCAAAAGUGUUCACAUUUGAUCAUAGCUACUGGUCUCAUGACGGUUAUAAAGAGAAUUCAAAAGGUUAUUUAGAGCCUGUAGAUGAUCACUACGCUGACCAGCGAAAAGUCUACAACGACUUGGGGAAGGGUGUAUUGGACAAUGCGUGGAAUGGUUACAACUGUUGCUUGUUUGCAUAUGGCCAAACUGGGAGUGGCAAAAGUUAUUCUAUGGUUGGCUACAAAAAUAAUAAAGGCAUUAUUCCAAUUGUCUGCGAAGAACUGUUCAAACAGAUUGAAGAAAAACGGCCAAGCAACGCUGAUACGGAAUACCAGGUUACGAUAUCAAUGUACGAAAUAUAUUGCGAGAAAGUACGCGAUUUACUUGCAUCUGGUGAAGAGAAAAAAGGGGGCCUAAAAAUUAGAGAGCAUCCAAAACAUGGAUUUUAUGUGGAAGGAUUAGAAAGUGUUCCAGUAAACUCGUAUAAAGAAAUUGAGAAAAAAAUGGACGAAGGAACUAAACAACGAACCAUUGCUGCAACUAAUAUGAAUGCUACCAGCAGUAGAGCGCAUACGAUUGUGAAGAUACAAUUUACUCAAAAAAUUGGUAAAAAAGGUAGCGCCGGUACGACAACAAAAACUUCACAAAUAAAUUUAGUGGAUUUGGCUGGCAGUGAGCGUCAAAAAAGCGCUGGAUCAGAAGGUGAUCGUUUGAAAGAAGGCAUAGUUAUUAAUCAGUCUUUGUCAACACUUGGUCGUGUCAUUAAAGCGCUUCAUGAACAGCAAACUAGCAAAAAGAAAAAGAAUAUGCAAAUUCCCUACCGAGACUCAGUAUUGACAUCGUUGCUUAAAAAUGCUCUUGGUGGAAACAGCAAAACAAUUAUGAUUGCUGCUCUUUCACCAGCAGAUUUGAACUACGAAGAAACUUUAUCGACGUUACGGUUUGCCGAUCGUACGAAGUCCAUCAAGACAAAUGCUGUUGUCAACGAAUCUGCAACAGAACGGAUGAUAAGAGAGUUGAAGGAAGAAAACGCUCGUUUACAGCAAAUGAUACAAGGCGGCGGUACUAGCGGGGGAGGAGGAUCUCAGGAUGAAAUUGAGUCACUUAGGAAGCAACUGGAAGAAAAUCAAAAGGAAAUGGCAGCUUUGGAAGAGAGUUGGCAGCAGAGGCUUGAAGCAGAAAGACAAAAAGAAGGCGGUAAGGAUGAGCGCAGUCAGAUCGCUGAAAGACGGACUAAAGAUUCACACUUUUAUAAUCUCAAUGAAGAUCCUGCUCUUACUGAUAUGAUAGUGCAUUUUGUUGACAAGGGGACAACUACAGUUGGAAAUAAGGAUGCUGAUCCUCCUGCGAAUAUACAGUUGAAUGGUCUUAGUAUAAAACAGGAACACGCAGUUUUGAAGAACAAUGAUAACAAAAAAGUAACCCUUACUCCUCUAGAAGGUGCUAAGAUAUUGGUCAAUGGGAAGACAAUCAAUGAAGAGACUCAGCUGAAAACAAACGAUCGGGUUUUGUUUGGUGGAAAUCACUUAUAUGUAUUUGUGAAUCCAAAGUCCAAACCUAAAAAGGAUGAAAAAAUAACGUACGAAAUGGCACAACAAGAAAUUGCUGAAAAUUCGUUACUGUCUGCCGGAUCAGAUAAGAAAUCAACAGCUGAUUUAAUACUUGAAGAAGACAUGAUUCAAAUAAUGCCAAACGUUAUACGCGCAAACUCAAUCAGUCAAGAACUGAAGAGGAAUGUGCGUUUUGAGAUUGUUCUUUUGGCUCCGGAAGCUAGAGGAUUGGGAGAAGGUCUUACAGAAAUAUGGAUCAAAGUUCACGAUGAUAAUGAAGAAACGUACGUGCUCUGGGAUAAGAAUCGGUUUUUAAAUCGUUAUUACGGGAUGGAGGAAAUGUAUCAAAACUUUCUAGACGGUGAUACUGAAUGGGAACUUUCCAAGGACCGUGAUCCAUUCUAUGAAUCUCCAAACACUGAGUUUCCGAUCGCUUCGGCUACAGUGUUUUUAAAGAGUUUGGCGUUCAUGAUCGAGUAUGAACAUGACGAAGAUAUACGAGAUUUUCAUGGAGAGGUGCUAGGAAUGCUUUCGGUGGCAUUAUCUCCUUGCUCCAGCAGUGGGAAGGAGAUUAUUGGCGAAUUUCUGGAAAAUCCUUAUGAAAUGGUCGGAAAGAAUGUCAGUUUUAAAAUUAAAAUCAAAGGAUGUACUGGACUUCCUCAAAGCGUUGAGAAGUCGCGAUGCAAGUACCAGUUUUUCAACCAGGGUGAAACCGAGACACAGUUAGUUAGUGGAAGGAGUCCAGAAUACAACCAUGAAGCAGUUUUCUCCUUCCGUCCAGUCUCAAAUAAGGUUUAA